AUGGCUUGCGAGGACAGCACGGCUUGCGCGGACUGCACAGCUUGCGAGGACAGCACACCUUUCGAGGACAGCACGGCUUGCGAGGACAGCACAGCUUGCAUGGACAGUAUGGCGUCCGAGGACAGCAACAGCUUGAGAGCUCAACUUGAGAGGACAUCUCAACUUGAGAGGACAGCUCAACUUGAGGGGACAGCUCAACUUGAGGUGACAACUCAACUUCAGAGGACAGCUCAAGUUGAGAGGACAGCUCAACUAGAGAGGACAGCUCAACUAGAGAGGACAUCACAACUUGAGAGGACAGCUCAAGUUGAGAGGACAGCUGAACUUGAGAGGACAGCUGAACUUGUGAGGACAGCUCAACUUAAGAGGGCAGCUCAAGUUGAGAGGACAGCUCAACUUGAGAGGACAGCUCAACUUGAGAGGACAGCUCAACUUGAGAGCACAGCACAAAUUGCGAGGACAGCACAGCUUGCGAGGACAGCACAGCUUGCGAGGACAGCACACCUUGCGAGGACAGCACAGCUUGCGAGGACAGCUCAGCUUGAGAGGACAGCUCAACUUGAGAGGAAAGCUCCCCUGAGAGGACACCUCAACCAAAGAGGACAGCUCAACUUGAGAGGACAGUCCAACUGGAGAGGACAGCUCAACUUGAGAGGACAGCUCAACUUGAGAGCACAGCACAAAUUGCGAGGACGGCACAGCUUCACAGCUUGCAAGGACAGCACAGUUUGCAGGGACAGCACAGCUUGCGGGGAAGCACAGCUUGCGGGGACAGCACAGCUUGCGGGGACAGCACAGCUUGCGGGGACAGCACAGAUUGCGGGGACAGCACAGAUUGUGGGGACAGCUCAACUUGAGAGGACAGCUCAACCUGAGAGGACAGCUCAACCUGAGAGGACAGCUCAACUAGAGAGGACAGCUCAACUUGACAGGACAGCUCAACUUGAGACGACAGCUCAACUUGAGAGGACAGCUCAACUUGAGAGGACAGCUCAACCUGAGAGGACAGCUCAACUAGAGAGGACAGCUCAACUUGAGAGGACAGCUCAACUUGAGAGGAGAGCUCAACUUGAGAGGACAGCUCAAUUUGAGAGGACAGCUCAACUUGAGAGGACAGCUCAACUUGAGAGGGCAGCUCAACUUGAGAGGGCAGGUCAACUUGAGAAUGCAGCUCAAAUUGAGAGGGCAGCUCAACUUGAGAGGACAGCUCAACUUGAGAGGAAAGCUCACCUGAGAGGGUACCUCAACCUAAGAGGACAGCUCAACUUGAGAGGACAGUCCAACUUAAGAGGACAGCUCAACUUGAGAGGACAGCUCAACUUGAAGAGGACAACACAACUUGAGAGGACUGCACAACUUGCGUGGACAGCAAAGCUUGUGAGGACAGCAAAGCUUGCAAGGACAGCAAAGCUUGCGAGGACAGCACGGCUUGCGAGGACAGCUCAGCUUGCGAGGACAGCAUAG